ACGAGUUUCAGGUACCUCCAGGUGCAGGUGAUCAAACAGAAGGCUGGCGUCUACGUCGUCACAUAGACUGUAAUGAAACUGUAAUAAUACGUAUCUUAUAGGUGGUGAUGUAGAUUUUACACAAUACACUUCACUCGGCGACCCACCUGAGGAAGGAGGAAGAGGAAGAGGAAGACUGCCCCUCAUGGCUCUCAUCGUGUUCGUUUUUAUGUUGGCGUUCACCGGGAAAUGGGACAAGUCCGUCUUCGCCGAGGCUCAGUCUUGUGUGGAUGAGAGCAGGUUUGAGGAGCACGUGCUGAAUGUGGGGCAGCAGUCGCCUCCGCAUCGACUGAACUGCCCUCUGGAGCCCCGCAGCUCCCUGCAGCCUGAGCUGACCUGGCAGAAGGACUGUCAGCAGCUCUCUGCUCAGGUGGGGAAGGGAUACCUGGAGUUUGCCAACCUCACUUUGCAAGAUCAAGGAAAUUACACCUGUACGCAACGGAGCAACAGCACAACCUCAUUCACUGUGCGUCUCAUAGUCAAAGACUCCCGGUGCUUCAAAGCCCCAAAAUUUGAACCAAAUGGGGUCUCGAAAGGACUCCAGACGAAUGCAGAAUGCACCGUGACACUAAACUGUACCGCUCAACUCCAAUGGGACCCAACAGAAGAGCCGUGUGACACCACGCUGCAGUGGAGUAAAGACGGCCGACCCCUGACCAAUCACACACCUCAGACCCAGAAUACAUCUUCAUGGUCUCCUGUUGCUGUGAUGGUCACCAGUCUUCUGGUGGUCAACUUUACAGAGCUGGAUGCCUUUGGGCUCUACAGCUGCACAGUGAGGAACAUUUCGUAUGACUUCAGCCUGCCGUACUCAAACCGGUUUGUGUGCUCGGGUGGCCCCAACCACACAUCUGCUGUUAUUGCAGCCGUCGUUCUCCUCCUGCUCCUGACUGUAGCUGCUGUUGUGUACUCCAGGUGUCACUUGAACAUCAAACUCUGGUACAGGAAUUCCUUCGGCCCCAACGAUCUAAAUGAUGGCAAAUUAUAUGACACCUAUAUUUCUUAUGUGAAUAAUGACCACGACAGGAAGUUUGUCAACUUUAUCCUCAAACCCCACCUGGAGAAUAAAAAUGCGCUCAAGGUGCAUCUCACUGACAAUGAUAUUUUACCAGGCUCAGAACCGUCUGCAGAGCUGCUAAUGAACAUAAGUCGCUCGCGGCGUUUGAUCGUGUUGCUCUCUCACGCUUACCUCGAGCAGGACUGGUGCUCCAAUAACUUCAGGCAGGGCCUUCUGCGACUGUUGGAGUUGUGUCAGAGGCCCAUCCUCAUCAUGUUGGAGGGUCAGUCCAAGCGCAUGAGGCCUGAGAUCAAGCAGCUGCUCAGUGAGCACCAGCACUGCCUCACCAUACUCACCUGGAGGCACAACUCGGUGACUCCUUCCUCCGUCUUCUGGAAGGAGCUGGCCCUGGCGAUGCCCCGCAGAGUCGUCUUCCACAGUGAGUCUGCAGGCGACCCUCAGACUCUGCUACAAGACGACAGGGACCCCAUGCUGACCAUCGAGUCAGAGUACCUUGACUGCCGCUCAGACACAGACCCUGCUGGAGACCUGGGGCUGCGCCUCCCUGUGUACAAGGCUCUGUCCUUUAAAGCUCCUGUCCUCCCUGCGGCUCCCAUCACGGCAGCUGAGCCCAAGUCCUCCGACAUCGACGUGUCGGACCUCGGAUCACGUAACUAUGGAGCCCGCUCAGACUUUUACUGCCUGGUCAGUGAGGACAUGUGACCCACACCCCCCCCUCACGCCUACAUGAAGAUCUUCAUUAGCAUUGCUUCAUAGUCAUCUAGAAAAUAUGUUUUUAUUUGAUGUACAGUGUGUCGUUAAAAUCAAAGUGUUUCUGUUUCCGCUUACCUUUUUUGUAUUUUUUUCUGUUGCAUAGGCAAUUAUUUUGUUUGAAAUAUUUGUGUUAAUCAGGAAAAAUAAGUAACUAAAUGUGACGGAAAUAUUAAGUCAGAUUUGAACCCAGAACACCGGUUUCUGUUUUCAAACCCAUUAGUUUCUGUGCAGCUAGUUAUCUGUGUGUAAUGCAAACAGACUGAUAACACAACAA